UUGCAUUAAUGCUUACAACUUUUUAAAAUUACUAGUAGAAGAACAAAAACUAGCAAACCAAUUAUUAAUCAGUGAAAAAAUAGAAAUCUUAAAAGUUGAACUUAAAAAUGAAGAAACGAAAUAUUCUGAUCUGCAAACACAAUAUAACGAAAUAAAUCCUAAAUUAGUGAUAAUAAAAGACCAGUUUUUAUAGAAAAAUUAAAACAAACAUUUAAUACCAAACAAAAAUUCAAGCGAUUAUAGGAAUGCCCCUGUACAGGAUGACUCAUUCCUCCAAAGUACACAAGUUGCAUUAGAACUAAUGAAAAUUCAAAACCUACAAAAAACUAAUUAAAUAAUCUUGCAGAUGAUACCAAUGAUGAGGGGAGUCAUGAGAAUGAUUAUAUCACAGUAACAAGACGGCAAAGGAUAAAAACAAAACAAUUAUGGGAAGUGGAGAAGGUGAUGAAUUUAAAGGAAGGGAAAAAUCAAACAAAAAAAUUUGGCUCUUUGUAUCUAGAGUAUCAGACACUGUAAAUGAAGAGAAUGUUAAGAAAUACAUUCAUAAACGCACAAACGCAGAAGACAUUUAUGUGAAGAAACUAGACACAUAUUUUGUAAGACAGAAUAAUCAAGCUUUUCUAGUGGGAAUAGAUCCUUAUUUUCAGGAGCAAGUAUAUAAAUCAGAUUUUUGGCCGAAAAAUAUAAUUUAUUCCCGAUUCAACUUUAAACAAGGUCAGCGAUUUCUUAAAGAUUCACAAAACCAGAGAUCGCAUAAGAGUGAAGAAAAUUUUUCAAACCUAGCCUCUACUUCAAACCUGAUAAAAUAGGGAUCUCAAGGACUACUAUGGAAAACCAAUUUUUGAGAGAAAAUAAUUAAUUACUAUUUUGCAGUUCCCAACAGUUAAAUAUACAGCGAUAGUUUAGGAGCCCACUGCAAAAU